AAACUAGUGUAAGUUAAAGCUUUCCUUGUUUAAAUUAAUGGUGGUGGGUACUCCCUUAAGAUAAAGACUUGUCCUUAUUUCACAUCUUCUCUCUUCCCCUUAUUUCCUCUCAUCUAAAAAGACACUCAUUUUCAUUCUUCUAAGGAAAAAAAAGAGGAAAGAGAAAAUAUGGGGAAUUGCCAAGCAGUGGAUGCAGCAGCAUUGGUGAUUCAACACCCAAGUGGGAAAGUUGAGAGGAUGUAUUGGCCUAUUACAGCUAAUGAAGUUAUGAAGAUCAACCCUGGUCAUUAUGUAUCCUUAAUCAUACCUCUACCUAUGUCCGACGACGAAGCCGGAGCCUCGGAUAAGAAGAAAUCGGUCCGGUAUACCCGGGUGAAGCUGCUCCGACCCACGGAUACUCUUGUCCUCGGUCGGGCUUAUCGCCUCGUUACUUCACAAGAGGUUAAGAAGGUUCUGAUGGCAAAAAGAAUGGCAAAGGAAAAGAUGAAUGAAAAGGAGUCUGGAAGUGGAAAGCUGCAAACAAGUGAGAGAAAAGAAACAGAAGGGGAAAAAGAUGAAUCAGAAAGAAAUGAUCAGGGAUCAGACCAUGAAAGACAGAGAUUAACAUCAAGAUCAAUGAACUCGAGAUCAAAAACAUGGCGGCCAUCGUUACAGAGCAUCUCUGAGGCUACAAGCUAAUAUCUAGAAGAAGAGGUGAAUUGAAAGAAGAUCAUCACUAUGGAACUAACAAGCUAAGCUACCUCAUCUUCCAGAAGAUAUGACUUUCAAGACUUUUGUAAAAGCUAAUAGAAGGAAUUCAACAGGCAAAAGGAGAAGGGUAAAAAGGGGUCAAUCUCUUUCCAAGUCCACUUUUGAUGCAUCCAAAAUGCCAAUUCCUAAUGUAUAGAUAAUGAGAGUAUGAAUCUGGAAAAAGAGAGGUGAAAAAAACUGACUGUAAAAUCUGGAAAAGUUGUUGCAAAUGUAAGCUUGUAUGAAACUUUCCUUCCCAGAAAUGACAUGAAUAUUGCAAUGUUGUUCAAA